GGACGCCAAGCUUUUUGUUGUGUGCAUAACAUGGAAUAUGCAAAUUAGUAUUGCCGCUGUUUUAGAAGUUGCUAUCUGGGGAGCUUCGUUAUAUUUUUGGCAUGCAUUUAAGAGGCAGUGUGUCAAGCUGUUCAUUUACCUUGGCUUUUGGACAUUACGUUGGCAAUGGAAGAUCUUCGUGAAGCGCAUACUUGGGGUGAAAAGGUUAUAUCAUGCUCGUGUCUUCAUGUUGAGCCCGUACAUAUAGCAGUAUUGGAAUAGUAAAAGGAACAAAAGAUUCUACGCCUUUUGUAACUUUUGUUACGUAUCCAUCGUUUUACGGCGAAGCAAAGCCCUGUUUCGCUUUCGAAGGCGGUGCGUCGAUCUUCCUCUCCGAUGUUGUGUGACUACGCUUCUUCUGCCCAAUCCUCGAGUGAUAGUUCUGAUGAACAGCAACACAAAAAUGAAAACACACCAACUUCGGAACCGGCCUCUGUUCGGCGCUCAACAAGGAGCAGAUCACCAUCACAGCCGCGUGAAACUAACACCAAUUCCCAGAAGCGCCAAUCCCGCGAAGUAGAACGCAGAAGUCGAUCAUCCAGUGUAGAGCACCAUUUUUCUUCCAAGAAACGUUCUCCCACGGAUUCUUCUAAAAUCAGACACCGGCGUAAGCGCCACCGAUCACACAGACGACGAAGUAGCUCUUCUAGGAGCCGUUCUAGACAUCACUUAAAGCAUCGACACUCCUCUAGACGCCAUAGGCACGGCUGCCAUCGACAUUCCCACCACCGUUCACGAAGCCACGAUCGUCGGCGCCACAUUCGGAAACAUCGCAAGCCUUCCAGUUCCUCAUCCUCUUCAUCAUCGAGCAGUUCGUCUUCCCACCGCUCGACAGGUCAUUCUGGAAGUCGUAGAUAUUCCUCAAGUUCAUUUACGAUGCCAACCAAAGCCGUUCUCACCUCACCUCCCUCUCCUAAACGGACGGAGACUGAAGCUUCAAAAUCCGCCCCGUCCUCAGCCUCUACAUCGUCUUCAGCUGCCGUGACUUGCUCGUGCGUCACUUCUCCUUCCCCAGCUACUUCAACGGCAAGCUCUGUACCACGCAUCAAUACCCAGGAGUUACUUAAUCAAAUACAAAAACAUCAGGAAGCACAGGCAAAGGCACAAGCGAUCGCUGCAGCGGCUGCUGCGAAUUUGCCCAAGUACUACAAUCCGUCAAGCGUUAAUGCAGUGAAGCUUGCAGAGCAGCAAGAGAAGAGAAAAUUAUUGUGGUCCCGGAAAAAGGAUGACAACAACGAAUCACAGGACAGCAAGACGUCACUCUGGACGACUACUUCUUUGAUCGCAGGCAAGGGUAAUACGGCAGCAGCUGCAAAGUUUCGGAAGUUGAUGGGAAUCCACGACGACGCAACCGCUCUUAAAGACGAUGUGGAAGCUAUCAGUAUCAAUGGCGAUGCGCAGAAGCGAGCAGAGGAACAGGCUGAACUUUUUCGCCGGUUAGAACAGGAGUACGAGCAGUCCCGGGCAUUGACUCAUACGCAAAGGGGAGUUGGCCUCGGGUUCUCCUCUAUUACCAGUGUCGACUACAGUGCUUACUCCGCCAUGCAACAAGAAGCAAAAGACAAACUUGACUUGUGAAUGUUUUUCCCGGAAUCCAUUGUACAGUUGGAAUUAUUUCGUUUCCUUUAAUAAUUUGCUUGCUCACUGCGACAUUCUUAUAUCAAAAUGGGUUUCUCAACUGCAUGCAUCUUAGUUGCAUCGGAUUACUUUUGCUCACUUUCGUUCCUUUGUAAGGUCGAUUAUCGCACUCUCAUUUCCUAUUUAUUUUAUGUUCGC